AUGGCCAUCUUCGCAGUCCCCCUCAAAUCCUCACAGCCUCCAGGUUUCCCCCAGGUUUCGACCUCGAGAUCAAGAAGUAAUAAACGCAAGCGAUCCAACCAGCUUCCUGAAGACGAGGAGAGAGAAGAAGACACUCCAACCCAUCAGCUGGCAGAUCCGCCAAAACAUAUCCAUAGCCUCGAAUACACUUCUGUGCUUUCUCCUCUUGAGAACAUCCAACGCCGAGUGGCUGGCCACCCUUUGGUUCAACCCCUUCCACCCCUCCCAUUUCCACAUGCUGCUCCCAAACAAACCAAGCCGGACCGUGCUGUUCUAACCGUGAAGCCUGCCCAUACUCCCAGAUCUCUACAUCUCCAACAUCUGGCUGCUUUGAGUGCCAUCAUCCACCGAAGUAUGCUCUCACAAGAUUAUCGCAGGGCUGCAAGAGCCAUGGGCUUAAUGCUACACGAUGAUAAGGUAGCGGGACUCGCUUCCAUAAGGAACAAAGGCUUCAUGGGCAUUGCUGCCGAGAUACUGCUGAGGCAAGACCAGGGGAAAGAGGCCCAGAGACAUUCUUCAGCAAUCCACAUCUCGACUGUGGGGUUAGAAAAUACGAAACGUCUGUACGAAACCCUGAUUAUUCGACAUCCUUAUCAUAAAUCUUGGCCCGAAUCUGUCAAUGCCAUCGAUUUCUAUCUCGCCCUGUUCAACAUCUGGAUCUAUGCUAUGGCCAUCUCUGAUGAAAACUCCGACUCGGCCCUAGCCUCACCUUGCCCUGAUCAGCUAGAUCCCCAAUCCAUUGCAAAGCUGAGGGAGCUUGAUCAAGCUAAUCAGAUUGUAAAUAGAAUGGAUGAGUGCAUGGCAAGUAUUCCUUACAUGGAUGAACCAGAGUUGAUUAGGCUGAGAGCCAUGGUGGGUCUAUGGCUUGCAGACCUCUAUGAAACAUGCCAUGCCUUUGCUGUGCCCCUAGAACAGGUGAGCGAUUCGGAUGACUAUAGUCAAGACCGCCCCGAACAACAACAGGAUACAGGUCCAGAUUACAUCCGCCUGGCACAAGAAUCACGUGCCCGCGCUCAGGUGCUCCUCUCAAAAUUAGCUGGUCGGCCGACCAGCUCCUAG